AAUUAAUGUAAUUUAAUUAAUAUACAAAAUGCAAUUAUUACUUGUCCAAUUGUUAAUAACAAGUUCAGUGCUCUCCAUUUAUGCAGAUGGUCAGUAUAGCUGUCGUGAGGCCAAUUUAACGAAUUGGAGAGAGCACCGAAGACAGAAGCGGUUUAUAAUAUUUACAGACGCAGGAGUAUGUAAGUUAACAACAGGCGUUUCCAUCCCAGUUGAUAGGAGUAUAAAGAAACCUUGGGUGCAGCUGGUUAUGUUAGUGAAUCUACAGUAUCAAUUUUCAGUUCCAAUUACUCCAAUAUACUGGUGGAAUGUGUGGAAGGAUCGCGCGCUGGUAGGCAAUUCCGAUACUCCGAUUAACAGCAAAGGAAAAUACGUGGAUUCAGCACAAAUUUUAAUUUAUAAAUUCGUUGUGGAAUUCAUGAACCAAAAGGGUUUACAUGGUGGCGCUUGCCUUAAGUUAGCGAUUUGUGAAAACGCACAAAUCGAUAAACAUGCCGGGGUUUAUGCCGAGAUACUGCAUAGGUUAUUAAUACCUCACCCAAGUGUGGAUGAAGUAUAUGUGGAUGCUUUCCGAAUGGGUCGACAUGGUGUAGACUGCAGAACUAAAUUUACAAAUGCGCAGAAUUGUUUAUUGGAUAAGUACACACAUGUUCGGGAAGAACUUCUCACGGGAAAUGUUAUGCAGAGUUUUAAGAUAUAAAUACUUGCGAAUAGGUAGAUGUAACAGCCUAUAUUCAAUAAUCCUUUUAUAAAUAUGGUGAAUAUUCCUCAGCAGUUAUCAAAU